AUGUCUGGUGGAAGCGGCGUUCCUCUGUCGGAUCGACUAAACGUGAAAAAAAAAACAAGCUGGACGAGAGCAUCAGAGACUACUGGUAUGUUCAUUUGUCUUUUUGUCGAGGAAGUGUCCACUUCGACGUGCAGAAAGAAAUGUGGAGGCAUGAGUGUUGAAAGGCGCAAGAAGCAAAUCGAAAUCUCUGGCCUGCCGGAGCCAUGGCUGGCGUAUGUACACUUGGUGAAGAAGAAAGUAUUCUACCAUAAUCCUGACACUAACCAGUCAGUGUGGGAACUUCCUCGACGCGUGAAGAAAAAAUGCCGGAAAGGAGUAGAACAGGAGAUUGAAGAGCAGUUGACAAAGAUCCUUUCUUCCGAAGAAAGCGAUAGUCUGGAACCUAUGGACUGCACGGAGUUUGUACCGGCAAAUUCGCCAACUGAAGACCCUGAACCCAUGGAAAUCGACUUUACAGAGGAUCUACGACAAGUGAGAGGAUGUGGAUACGACAGCGAGACUCUGUCAUCGACCUCUCAAGGUGGCGAAUUGUUUACGGGUUUUUCGGGAUCAAGCAGAAGUUGUGUGGUUUUCGAUACUUGUGCCUUGAUAGACGAUCCCGACCUUAUCAAUGAUUGUGUUUCAAAACUAGUUUUUGUGGUCAUUCCUUAUCGGGUCUUCUAUGAGUUAGAUAGGAUGAAGAAACUUACCUCAGAUUCUAAAUCCGCUGUCGAAUUACGACGGAUAGCGACACGGUUAGUAUGGUUAUUACGUGAUCUAAGAAACUCUCCAUGUGUUUACUGGGAAAGCUCUGCUGAGUCAUUUUCUCCAGUCGAGGGAUUUAUGACAAGUUCCGAGGAAGAUGUUAAUGAUGAUUUUAUUUUGAAGUGCGCUUUUCGAACCAAGUUAGUGCUCGAUAACAAGGGUUGGGAGACGGUUUUUAUAACUAACGACCAGCUUCUUUCGCUUAAAGCUCAUGCCAGUCAGAUUCCAUGUUUUAACGUAAAGGAAACAAGAGCAGUGCUGGAUAGAGCGCCAACACCUGUAAUUCCUGGUAAACAAGAACAGAGCUCUUCUCUCGAAGCCAAUGUAUCUUCAUCAUCUUCCCAAAGGCCAAGUGCUAAAGCGGAGCUGAGACACGAGAAGAAACCUAAUGGAAGUGUCAAAGAUGCCAAUCCUGUGAAUAACUCUAAAGCACAUAAGGCGAAAGACUCGAAAGCGUUAUUCCAUCCAGAUCGUAUCAAAAAAUCAGAUAAGAGUCCUAUAAGCCCAUUAAAGAGGUUCGAGAGAAUGUGGAAACCUCUUAUCAAGGUUCUGGAGAAGAAAAAGGAAACUGGCUCCGUCAAGCAGAAAAGGGAUAUCAGUCGUUUACAUGGGACUGCCUCAAGUUUCAUUCGGAAUCAAAGCGAAGAAUCCCUAUUGCUUCUUGUGCAAAUGACAUGGUGGCUGUACUAUUAUUACUAUCCUCCUCCCAGAAAUGAAAAGGAAAAGGACGGAUACAAGGACAUAGUAAAAGACGGACUUUUGAAGGAGUUAUGUGCCUCAGACUUACAUGCCAUAAAAAUGAUGAGCAAACUUAGGAAAUUUAUCAAGGAUUUCAAUAUUGUACCGGGUAAUUAGACAUUUUUCUGUGAUAUAGAUUUUUAUCUUUUUUGCGGAUGUUUGUGAAUGACUAUGAUUGUAUCUUGUGAUAUGUCAUAUUGAUUCCUGUGCAUUUAUUCCUUUCAAGUACCUUUCCAAAUUUGGUUGAUCAACCCUAUGUUGUAAUUGCACCACCUCUCUUGUUAAACUGGGAAAACAUUCACUGAAGUUCAAUGUAUCCGGUAUGCAGUUGAGUUAUGCGCGAGAAAACCUUUCAGUAAGAUUAUUUAUGAUCUAUUUUUUAUCUCAGUACUUCAGUAAGCAGUGCAGAC